CGGAACUUGCGCUCACUCCUGGGUGUCCGCUAGGGUUUUGUGCUCGCAUCUGGAUCCCACUACGACCAGCAUACAGUCCAGUGUCCUGUCCUACAGAAACCACGGCCUCCUCAAGUUUGGAGAGAAAGAAGAAAAGCACCUUCCCGGCAACUUUCCACCGUCUGCUCUCCUCCCGUGGUUUAUACUUCCGUCGAAGCUGUGCAGCAGAAGUGUGAUUUUGAGAUUCUUGCCUGCACUUUAAAAAGUUUUUACAUCUUUUAAAACAGUUUUUUUGGUCGCUUCAUCGUGUUUUUUUUUAUAUUUUGGUCGCUUGAGUCUGGAACUCGACCUUUAUCACACACCUCCGCGCUUUGAAACGGACGACGUUUGAGCAGCGUUUAAGGCUAUUUUCGGUGUCUUAUUUUCCUCCCUCGAAGUUGUAUCAGAGGUGUCCCCAGAGCUGCUGCUGCUGCUGCUGUGAAUGAAGUAUCUGUUGAGCUGAAGAAGUCAGCGCGUCUCCAUGAGGAAACUCAACGUGGGAGUCGCUGAAACGUUGUCCUAGCUUAACGUUACACGCACACACCUGGGCGACUAUAUUUCCCUCUUUUUGUGCAGGUAUCGCUGUGGGUUCUUGUUUUUUACCGACACAAAAUGAAGACGCUGCUGGUGCUCUGUGUAGUCUGCAUGCUGGCCGUGUUGUCUGUGUCGGGCACUGCGGAGCAGAAGUUGAAAAACUGCAACGAAGUCCGCGACGCUUACAGCUCCAAGGGCUUCAACGUGAACGAUGUCCCCAACAAAGGAGUCAACGGAGCCCCCUUGAAAGUGUGUCCGCAGGGUUUCUCCUGCUGCACGUUGGAGAUGGAGGAGAAGCUGAGCCAACAGAGCCACACGGAGAUCAAAGCUCCCGUCACCAGGCUUAGCACCAGCCUACAAUCCACCUUCAGACAGAGGCACGACCACUUUGACAAGUUUUUCCGGGAGCUCUUGAAAAAUGCAGAGGUGUCGCUGCACAACAUGUUUGUGCGAACAUACGGGAUGAUGUACGUGCAGAACGCCGAACUGUUCAAGAACUUCUUUGAGGCCCUGACUCGGUACUACGUGUCUGGCAGCGCCGCGGUCAACCUGGACUCCAUGCUGUCGGACUUCUGGGCCGACCUCCUGGAGAGGAUGUUCCGGCUGGUCAACGUGCAGUACGAAUUCAGCGACGCCUACAUGGAGUGCGUCAGCCGGCACACUGAGCAGCUGCAACCCUUUGGCGAUGUGCCUCGCAAGCUCCGUAUCCAGCUGACACGGGCCUUUAUCGCUGCACGCACCUUUGUGCGUGGCCUGACACUCAUGCCUGAGGUGGUCAAUAAAGUUUCUAUGGUCAGUGCGUCUCCCAGCUGUGUGCGAGCGGCCAUGAAGAUGUUGUACUGUCCCUACUGCUCGGGCCAAGUGGCCCUGAAACCCUGCCAGAAUUACUGUCUGAAUGUGAUGCGUGGGUGUCUGGCCAACCAGGCCGACUUGGACACAGAAUGGAACAACUUCCUCGAUGCCAUGCUCAGUCUAGCGGAGAGGCUCGAAGGUCCCUUUAAUUUUGAGUCCGUCAUGGAUCCCAUCGACGUGAAGAUUUCAGAGGCUAUCAUGAACAUGCAGGAGAACAGCAUGCAAGUGUCGCAGAAAGUUUUCCAAGGAUGUGGACAGCCUAAAUCAAGCAUAGCCUUCCGUUCCAAGCGUUCUGUCAAAGAAACAGGCUUUACCGGCCGCUUCCGCCCGUACAGUCCUGAUGCUAGGCCCACCACUGCUGCCGGGACCAGUUUAGAUCGAUUGACAAAUGAUGUGAAGAAGAAGCUAAAACAUGCAAAGAAGUUCUGGUCCACAUUGCCAGAGACGGUGUGUGACGGUGAGAGGAUUGCACCUGGGGACGAUUGCUGGAAUGGAACCGCAAAAAGCAGAUACGAGUCAGAUGUCAUAGGCAAUGGACUGGCCAAUCAGCUGUCCAACCCCGACGUGGAUGUGGACAUAACAAAGCCAGACAUUGUGAUUCGCAGUCAGAUUGCAGUUUUGAAGGAAAUGACGAGCUGGCUCAAAGCUGCACACAGCGGCAAUGAUAUCUCUGUCGAUAAUGAUGAGGAUGGCAGCGGAGGAGAGGAGAGCGGCAGCGGUUGCGACUCAGCAUCCUGCGACACAGACCGGGACAUCUACUUCUCCACUCCACCGAACACUGGCACUCCCCGUGUUAAGCAAGUGGUGGACAGAAGUCCAUCAGCCGGGGUUGCUUCAAAGCAAAGCAUGGCGCUGGUGCUCUGCGGGCUGGCCCUGGCUCUGCUUGCUCCCCACUUGAGAUAAAACUGGUUCGCAGGGAGAGGAAGAGAAUGAUGAGGAAUGAUGGAGCGAAGGGGAAAACUGUCAGAGAGACUUUAAAAAGACUGCCUUCAGGACCUUGGACUGUCCGCCAUUGAGGGGGUGGGGGGGGCCUCUUCUUAAUAUUACAAUAACUUCACUUUUAAUUAUGUGUUUGUAUGUUUUUAAGGACAUCAGUGUACAGCAAUAUGAUUUUCUUCCUAAGACCGCCACCUUUUUUCCCCAGAUAAACCUUUACUCCUUACGGCUCUUUUGGAGCUACACUAUGGUUCUGCUUGCAGCAUUACAAACAUUAUAUAAUUGUCUUAUUUUGGCAAUUUAAUCUCAUAAUUCAUUUUUGUGCCUUCUUCAACUAUUGCCAUCUGAUAACUUAAUAGGAAGCGAGACGCUUGGUUGAUCAUUGAGUGCCUGUGGUGCGACAUAUCUUCAUAUUUCUGAGGAUGUUCUUUCUCUCCAUUAUUCAGAGGUCAACAAAUCAUGUGAUGUUAUGAAUGUUAACAAUUUCUAGCAAUCAUUUCUGCACAUGACAAAUGUGCACACUGUGAAUGUUUGUGUCUGUGUGUUUAUACAUUUCCGUACAUCAGUCAUAAAUGACAAAGCUAACUGUUGAUCUCAGCCAAGGAACAGUUUGAGCUUUUAUACGCUUUGCUUUGGAGAGAUGGUAAAACAUGUUCGCAGCUCAUCUCACAGAAAUACAGUGAGAGAAGUUACAGCACAGGACCUAGAGAUGGAAUAAUCUUUAGAAGAGCAAUCAGGGCCCCUCUGCAAGCCCAAACAUGCAUAUUGUAUGUCUGCUAUGACCCAUUAUCACAACCUAACUUUUAAUAUUUCACUUAUUUUUAAUUUAAUUUCCUCAGCUUAAACAGUUCAAUAGUAAAGUCAUACCUCAUGCAUGCUCUUGUUGUCAAUGCAAUCUAGUGAUGUUGAGUUGAAAGUGUCUGAUAGAGUUGAGAUAUGUGGCUGGCAUCCUCGUGAAAGGUGACUGCCGUGGAAGAGGAAGGACUCCCCUGGCAUUACCCCAAAAGAAGGCAAAGCUGACAAGUCCUGAAUGCCCCUUUUUGGUACUGUAAGCUCAGUUCAGCACAGAGGAUCUGACUCUAUACAGUCUUACUUUGUUUGAAAAGAAAAAGGUGGCGAUGCGUAUGUUCAGAGUGUUUCACAUUAAACUAGAGAAGAGGAACAAAAGACAGUGCUUUGAUCAAAGGAAAUCAAGAGAAGAUUAUUUUAAUACAGGGUUUUAUGUUGAAGAGGUGUUGUAAUUUUUAGCUAUUUUUGGUAUGAAGAUAUAUAUUAGGUACUACGUGGAUUUGACAGCUAGGUUUAGGUGGUGAAAGAGGACAGUGUGCACAGAUAUUGGGGGGCACUUUUGGUCAGUGUGCACAGAUUUUUUUUUUUUGGGGGGGGGGGGGGCUCCUUUUGCCCAUAUCCCCCCUUCCCACAAUACACACUUGUACCUCUUUAAAUGGCCUGUGUCAGUAUAAAUGGACUCAUCCUGAACCAUUUGAUCUACCUAUCCUCAUCCUCACGUUCUCAUCAUGUCAACUUGAGGUGGAUUGUUGAAGUAUUGUCACAAGUGCUACCAAAAUGAAUGAAAAGGAUGGUGCCUGAUCUUUUUCUUUUAGCCUUGGUACAUUAUUAGCAACUUUUUGAGGUAAGGAAAAAAAGAAUGUGGAUGUUUUAUAACUAUUAUCUGCUCAGAUACCCUGAAUGGUGGAGUAUAUUUUACCAGCUGACAAGCACAACAUAGGACUUUCUAGUUCUUCUAAUUGAAUGAUAAUCUGGUGUGGAAGUUGCAUUAGCUGGCCAUUUCAUCUCUAAAAUGAUGCUGCCUCAUGUAACUUUUGUACAGUAACUUAUGCAUGUAUUUUAAUGUCAUUGCAAGCAUGCUUUUAGAACUGACAGAUUUGUCAAAAUACAGUAUUCAGAAUGUAUUGAUAUGCAAAAUAUGUAAAAAAUAAUGAAUUUCUCAAAGUAAUUGAUCCGAUUUGGGGGGUUCAAAUAUGCAUUUAGUGAAAACUGAAGAUGGAUUUGCAUGUUUCACAUUUGUCUGCAGGUCUGAAACAACUGGCUGCAUUUAAGACAGAUGGUAAACAACCUUUUUUGCCUGUUUAUCUUUGAGCUGACAGGUUGAUUGUAAGCUUACUUUAUAUUUUCUUCCCCCAAAAAAAGUGAUCGUUCCCAAUUAAGAGACUUGGAACAAAUCAACGAGGACAUCAGUGUCUUCGGUCAAAUUGAAUCUGGCUGAAGGAUUUGAUGAAACAUCUAAGCAACCCAUAUACCUUAGCCUUAAUUUAAAAUAAUGAAACUGUGCUUCAGCAGCUUGAUUUGGCAUUACUUCUGCAUGAGACUGGUUCAGUUCUCCUUAUUUUUGUGUUCCACCAACAUUUCUACAAGGGCUUGUGCAUGUUCGUGUCAUGUGGGAGAGUUGUGAAGAAACCCAACUUUCUGAGAGUCGGAGGAAAUGUUUUUGGGUGAUGAUGGUAAAUGUUUGUGCUUGCGGGCCAGGGCAGCAACAUUUUCUGGCUGGCAGGAGUUGGUCCAGCUGCUGGAUUUUGUUCAUUUGAUCCACCGAGCAACUUAAAUGUAGUAACUUCAAAGUUGAGUUGGACAGGUGUUGAAAUCCUUCCAUCAGCCUUUGGCCCACAAGAACAGAGGAGAAUCGUUCUCUAAGGAGAGACUUGGUGACUGACUGAAAAGAAUAAAAAUGUGUAAAUAAAGAGCAGCCGUUUUAGACGUCUCUAAAAGAGGCCAUAACAGUACACCAGAUUUUUACUUGUCAGAGUAUCUCCUAAAUGUUAUGGAAAAACAAGAUGAGAUAGAUGUUAAAUGUAAGAGAAAGUGUAUAUUAAACAUUUCUUAGUCUUGUUGAAAUAAAGACUGCCAAUAUUUAAAA